CCCAAAAUGCACUUUCGUCAAUAUUUGUUGAGUGAGUUCUACGAUCAUAGCGUAGAAUUAAUUAUAAUCAACCAAAUUAGAAAAGAGCUCAUAUAGAGGAGAAAUUGUUCUGGUAAAUUUUUAGUUUCAAAACUGCGUGAAAAGUUGUUCCGACCGAGAUUAUAACUGAUUUAGCAUAUCUUACGUUUACCAAGGCCAUAGCGGGAUGGAAUGAUUUAUGGCUCAUUCUGGUUUUCAUAGCAACAGUACACGUUUCAAUCUCCAAAAAACUCGCAUUUUAUUUAUAUUUACGUAUAUUCUUCACAUUUAGUGUAUUCCUCAUGGGUCGAUUUAGUAUUAUUUUGGUACUUUUUAUGUGUUCGAUAGCUAGUGAUAUUUACGGGCAACAAUAUAAUAGUCAUAAAAAAGCUGAAAGUCGACAAGAAUCGGAGCAAGACAAUAAAGAGUUAGAUAAAAAACUGGCAGCUAAACCGAGUCAGUUAUUGGCACACAUGGCAGAAAGAAUGAACCUGGAUGGAGAAGGACUAAGACACAUUAGAAAGCAUUUGAUUGAUGUUGCUGGACAUGGUCACCUAGAUGAUGUUCUUGACAUAGGAGAAGGAGAUCAUACUAAAGGAAUUUUCUAUUUUUUCCGUCUGCAUGACGAUGACAAUAACCAAAAACUUGAUGGCUUGGAGUGGCUGAAAGCGUUGACACACUUCCAUGAAGGAGACAAAGGGGAUAAAGAUUUGAUGGAAAGCGAAGCAAUAACAAUAAUAGAUGAACUGCUUGAAAACCACGAUAACGACAAGGAUGGAAUGAUUGAUUUUGCGGAGCUAAUGAAUACCAAGUUGGACUCAGUUAUGAAUGAACUGAAUAGAGAACAACAGCAGCAGCAACAAGGUCAUCAUCAGCAACAGCAUCAGCAAAAGCAAGAUCAACAGGACCAUGAUCAGCAGCAACAAGAUCAACAGCAGCAGCAUGAUCAACACCAACAACAGCAACAAGAUCAACAG